AUGGAUCAAACCGAUGAUUCAAAAACAUUUGAACAUUUCACACUUGCAACAUUUUAUCUAUUAAUUAUCGGUGAUUUAUCAACAAAAUUACCAAUAGUCAAUAAAUUUAAUCGUAAAAUGUUUUCAUCAUCAAUGAUUAUUGGAAAAUUUCGUUAUAUCUUUGCUGAUUACAAUAUAUCAUGUGAUUCUAAUGGUCGAUUAACAUUAUAA